AUGUUCGUCAAUGAAGUGGGAACAAUGGCUAGAAUUCAACAAAAAAAUGGGCAUUAUCAUAUUGCUAAUAUCUCAACAGUUCGUCAGUGCAUUAAGCUACCAUGGAAUGGCAUUUUGACCGUGGUCUCAUGCCUCGAAUUGACUAACAUCCACGAAAGAAAUGUGUAG